CCGAACUCCUCGAUUCCGUUGAAUGGUAUCAGACACGACUCAUUCAUCACUCUCGAGCGGUUGGCACUGUUGCUGGGGCCAGUAUGCGAAGAUCCCCGAAUGUGAUCAUCACAGGCACCCCUGGCGUAGGGAAAACUGUCCAUUGCGAGAAAUUAGCGCAGGAGGUCGGCUUGCGACACCUAUCAAUAAACCAGGUCGCCAAAGAUCGAGGUUGCUUCGAAAGCUAUGACCAGGAUUUGGAAACCUGGAUCGUUGACGAGGACAAAUUACUGGAUGCGAUUGAAGAUGAGGUGCUUCAGGGUGGUUACUUGAUUGAUUGGCAUGCAUGCGACUUGUUUCCCAAAUCAUGGAUAGAUCUCGUGGUGGUCUUGCGAUGUCCGUCGACUUCCAUUUUAUAUGACCGUCUUUCUGCGAGAAAAUACAAAGAGGCCAAAUUGCAGGAAAACUUAGAUUCUGAGAUAUUCGGCGUCUUGUCAGAGGAAGCGCGCGAAGCUUUUGACGAACAGAUAGUGGUGGAGCUCAACAGUGAGGAGGAUGAUGAUGUAGAGAGCAACUGUACGAGGAUUUCAGCCUGGAUAGAAUCCUGGAAAGAAAGCCGACUGGAAAACAGAGAGUGAAGUCCGACUUAGGCAGACCUAAUGGCUUUUCCUUCAAACCUUUCAGGUCCUCGUACCUGCACUGUCAAGGUAGAGGUGCCCGUCUUCGAGCCACUGCUUUAGCUUGGCGAGAGCCUUGUACCUGUGAGAAACUCGAUUCUAUCCCAACAAAUUAGCGCAAGAUGCUUGAACAGUCCGCGAAGACAAAUAAAAAUGUUCAGGUCUGACAAGGAGAAAGUGAGAUUGUAUCUCUGUUCUUGUGUUUCUCCCCAAAGGUUGAGCGAGCAACUGUGAGGCACUUUAGCUGUCGUACCUUUUCCUCCUUAUCCAUCUCAGCAUAUGUCAUCCCAUUAUGUUCGAAUAUCGGAUCCCAGCCUGGAAUAAUUAUCAAUGC